CAGAAAACCUAUCAUCAAUUACACCACUUUCAUUUGACAAUCAAAAUAUAAUAAAUCUGCUGGCUAAACCAAUCAAAUCAACGGGUCAUAUACAUAUUCUUAAAGGUAAUUUGGCCCCUGAAGGUUCUGUGGCAAAGAUUACUGGUAAAGAAGGUUUGGCAUUUAAAGGCAAAGCAAAAGUUUUUGAUGGUGAAGAAGAUAUGUUAAAAGUAUUGGAAAAAAAUGAAAUUAAGAAAGGUCAUGUCAUAAUUAUAAGGUAUGAAGGCCCUAAAGGAGGUCCUGGAAUGCCUGAAAUGUUGACUCCAACUAGUGCUAUUAUGGGUGCAGGACUUGGUAACAAUGUUGCAUUAUUAACAGAUGGAAGAUUUUCAGGCGGCUGCCAUGUAAGGCAUAUUACACCUGAAGCACAAUUGGGUGGCCCAAUAGCAUUAGUGAAAGAUGAUGAUGAAAUUGUUGUAAAUGCAGAGAAUAAAUCUAUUGAUGUUGAUGUUAGUGAUAAUGAGCUUGAAGAAAGACGUAGAAUAUGGAAAGCCCCUCCUUACAACUUUACUAAAGGAACUUUAUACAAAUACAUAAAAAAUGUUAAAUCAGCUACUGAAGGCUGCAUUAUUGAUGAAUAA